ACAUACGCAAUCGUUAUUCAUUUAUUGAGUGAUGAAGGGCAGAUUCGCUACAAAAUAUUCGAAGAUAACACGAUGAUCAAGUGGUGGAUUUUAUGGUGGUUGAUUGGUGUAACUUACAACACUAGAGAACCCUUUUUAGAUAGACUAAACAGAGAAUUAGAUCGCAUCACUAUCGAAUUAAUUAAAAAAUUCGAUUCUUAUGAGUUAGAUUCUGAUGACUUCAUGUAUCAUUACAUUCCCGACACCAAUACGGGGAAUAGGAAAGAAAUUUCGAUUGAUGCAUUUAAUAUUUAUAAAGUUCUUGAGAUUCCUCAGUUUAAAAAAUGGCGAUAUAUCAGGUUCAACAAUGCGGAUUACGUACUGGCAAUACAGCAACAUAGUUUGUCUCUAUGGCGAGAGCCAACAUUAAGUGAAUCGUCUCAAUUUUUUGAAAAUAACCGUUUUUGGCAUGAAGAAUUUGAUGGUGUAGUAAUAGAUGCUCUUAUGUGCAUUAUAGAAAUUAAAUAUAAAAAGAUAUUUCAUCUGGCAAUGAUCGAAUGCAAUUAUGACUGUUUUCUGAGAGUUUUUCAGUGGAAUGACAAUAUGGAAACAAUGAUUCUCGAGACUGUGAAACCGUUAAAGAUGAAAGGCACGUUAAAACCAUUGAAAUUAUGCCAUAUUAAAUCUCAUUACGAGUGGGAUCACUUCUCUCUGAUUAUUCUCUUCGAAAACUAUCGAGGAAUUGAUAAGAUCAUAGAAAAGAGCAAUGAUGAUACUAAAACUUUCGUAACGAUUUUUCACGCAAUCUCUCCAGACGCAGUUGACAUUGAAGUGUUUACUGUCGAUGGACUCGAUUACAUUGCAAUGGCUACACGUACCGCAGUGCAUAUAUAUCGACUAGAUUAUUAUCUAACACGUGCAGAAUAUGUGAAUUCAAUAAAAGGAGCGAAGAUUAAAGAUAUAGAAACUUUUAGGUUGGGUUUUAAGCGUUUCUUAGCAAUUGCUGGGAGUUAUGUACAAAAUUUAUACGAAUGGACAACAGAUGGCUUUUUCGUAAAGCAGAAUUUUUCCGAGAAUGGUGCAAAGCAAUGGUUUAGUUUCUCCAUCCCAACUUGUAGGGAUGAAGUAAUAUUGCUGUUAUUAAGUAACAAAUUAUCUGUAUUUGUAUGGCAUGGAGAAAUGGGAAGAUUUAUCAGAGCAGCAAAAAAUUAUCCUGAAUUACUUCCCAUUCCGGGAACUAUAACUAGUUUCGAACACAUGAGGAAGCCGUAUCUCUUAUUCUUUGAAGGAAGAAAAAGUUCUCUUGUAUCCAUCAACAGUACUCUUAUGGAAACUGAUAAUCCCGUAUAUCAAUUCCUGAGCGUUAUCUCAAAAGAAAUGAAUGAAUUAAAGGAUAUGCUUCUACAACAAGAAUAUAAUAUAAAUUUAAUUAGUAAUGUUUUAAACCAUGCCGUAAAACCGGACACAGAAUUGCUACGUGUAACACAAUAUUUUAAUAAAAUAACGAUCUUUGGCACCCUUCUUGCUGAAACUAUGACUUAUCAAAAUGCCAAGGUUAAAGAUUCUGAAAUAACGAUGGACGAAGCAAAAGGAAAAAUCGAAGAGUUUAGAAUAACACUGAUAAAUUUGGAGGAUUCUGUUGAUCAUCUUAGUCACGAAACUAAUGAUUUUGUUUUGAUUGGGGAAGAUUGUGAAAUCACUGGAGAAAAGAAGAUAAAUGGAAGCUUUGAUAUCUCAGAAAUAAUCACAACCGAUUUGUAUUUAGAAAGAGUAAAUGAUAUCAACGUCACUGCUUUACAAAAUACCUUAUAUCUUGCUCCCGGAACAAUCACUUUUACAAUGCCUUUGUUAAUAAACACGCUUGAAGUUGAAAAUCUGAAUGGUCUCAACAUAAACAAAGAUGUUAUGCUAACAAAUUUCCAUCAAACCAUAACAGGAUCCGUUAAAUGUUCAUCUAUUUUAACUGUUAACGGAGAUAUUACUGUAAGUGGUACAGUGAACGAUUUGAAUAUCGAAAAAGAUUUAGUGAUUUUUAGUAAAGAUCGUGUUGUUGAUAUCCCUCUUCAAUUCGUCGAAUUGGUAGAAGUAAUGGAAGAAGUGGUGGUACCAAUUAUUGAUGGAAUUGUUGUAGAAGAACUGAACCGUACUUCAUUUAAAAAGGUGGGUGAUCAGCAUGUAAGAGGGAAACUGAGCUUCGAAAAACUUUUAAAGUUUAGAUCAUUAGAAGUACAGCAAAUAAAUGGGAAAUUUUUGAAUUUUUCAAAUUUUGCAAGAACUGAUAGAACUUGUAUCAUCGCGGGGGAGACAAGUUUCGAGAAUGUAAUUUUUAAAGAAACUCUGAUUGUUGAAAAUUUAAAUGGGCUUAGAAUUCCAGAUGAUUUAGUACAAAAACAUAAAACGAAUAUGAUUCUUGCGGAGAAAAUUUUUAGUAACGUUAUAGCAGAUGACGUGCGAGUUUUUGGAAAAGUGAAUGGUCUAAAUUUACCUGGAGACGUGAUUGUUUUUACUGUGGAUCAGAGAGUGGAGGAAUAUCAAGUUUUUACUACCGAAGUCAUAAUAAAUAAUCUUCAAAUAAUCGGGUUAUUUGAUGGAAUUAAUAUAACUCGCCUCUACAGAGAAUGGAAAGAUUUCCAAGGAAGUUGGCACCUUACAGAAAGGGGGUCUUCUAUAAAUGUAGAACAGUUACUCGGUUUGAAUGGAACAUCAUUUGAGGAGUUUUAUCACGAUUUAAUAUUUAUUCAUGACGAAGUUGUUGAAAUUACAGGAUCGUAUAGAUUUAUUGAGUCUUUUAAUGUCGAAGACGUUGUGCUUAAUGGUAAAAUUAACAGUUUUAAUAUAUCGAAAGACUUCUUGUUAACUAAAGGUGAUCAGUUUAUUAAAGGAAAGAAAACAUUUAAGGGUUUUGUGACAUGUGAAAAGAACCUAGAAGGAGAAAUAAAAAAUGUGGAUUUGAAAUACCUAAAAAGUAAUUCUAUAUCUCUUAAAGAAAGAAAUGUGUUUCCUAUAAAUAUAACUUUUGAGAAUGUACAAGUAUUGAAUGACUUGGUGGUUGCAAGUACAAUCAACUCGAUAAGUUUUCAUGACGAUGUAAUGCUCAGAUCUAUACAACAAACUGUAACAGGCAAGAAAACCUUUGUUGAAUCUUCUGUGAAUAACUUGACAGUUGACAAUCAUCUUCAAAUAGAUUUUAUUAAUAACGAAAAAGUAGAACGAUUACUGCAAGAAAGGAUAACAUUAGAUUCGAAUCAGGAGUUAACAGGGAUUUAUCAAAUUUUUCACGCAACUGUAAACAAUUUGAAUGUUUUAGGAAGUUUAAACAAUUUGAGGGACUUCAGAGAGUUCCUUACUAGUAUUGUAUCUUUAAGUAAAAAUGAGAAAAUCUAUGGAGAGAAGACAUUCACAGGAACGAGUCAAUUCUUAUGUAAUGUCACUACACGCUAUGGAGUAAAUGGAAUAAACUUCGCAGAUAUAAAUUCGAGAGCAGUAAAAAUAAAUGGUGUAAUUAAAUUUAUGGAUACCAUGAAAUUCGAAGAAAUCUUAGUGAGAGGAAAUCUUUCAGCACGUAUCGUGAAUGAAGUGGAUAUUGAAUAUUUGCUAGAGAACAGCGUUAUGCAAGGAAGUAAUGCUACAAUCUACGGUAAAACUGAAUUCUUAGAGAAUUUUUCCAUUCGAGGAAAUCUGUACGUUGUUUCUAUCAACAAUAUAGAAUUUUCGAAUUUCUUAACGAAAAAUACAGAACAAAAUAUUACAGGAAUAUUCACUUUUGAUAAGGUUGUUUUAAAUGGCCAUUUGGAAGUUUCCACUUUCAUAUCGGAAAUAAAUAUAACAGAAUUGAACGAAUCUGUAUUAAAAUACAGAGAAUCCAUCUCAAUUCAUGGAAAUUUAAAUUUUUUGGAAGAAGUUAUAAUUGAAAACUUAUUGGUUACGGGAACGGUCAACGAUUUAAAUGGAAAGAUCGUUUUCGAAAACGUGACGACUGGCGAUCCAAUUUACGUCGAGGAGGAAAUCUUUGCUGAAUAUAUAAAUGAUGUGGCUUUUUGUAAUAUUGCACAGGACAUCGUUACCAUUCAUGGGCAACAUCGUAUAUCUAAAAGUUUUAAUUUUGAUCGGGUUAUAGUGCGCAGUAAUGUGCAUGUCGAUGGAAAUGUCUUAGUAAGGCAAUAUGUUAAUAAUAUCAAUAUUCAAACAUGGUCAGAGGAUGUAGUCUAUUCGAAUAAAGAAGUUAUCAGUAUUACAGGAACGAAGACUAUUGAGGGUAACGUUGAAAUAAAAAAUUUGUAUGUGAAAACUGUAAACGGAAUUCCUUUUGUAGACUUUUUACUGGUUACAUCUAAAGAUACACAAGUGAUAACAGGCAAGAAAACAUUUGAGAAUUUGCAUAUUAACGCGGACAUUCAACUGAAAGGCUUCUUGAAUGGUUUGAACAUAUCGGAUAAACCAACUUUUCCAAACUUUAUAAAUGAAAUAGGAGUUUCAUUAGUUCAUUUAGAAGGAACUGCUAUUUUCUUUAAAAAUAUAAGGGCUAGAACUGUGCAUGGAAUAAAUCUGCAAGAUUUAAUAACAUUAAAUAGCGAACAAUUUAUAGAAAGAAUGACUUUUUCGAAAAUAAAAAUCAAUAAUAUAAAUGUGACAGGUAUUAUUAAUGGAAGAGACGUUUAUGAAGUGGAAAAAUUUUUUAAAGAUGACCAUAUGGUUACAAGCGUUCACACGUUGAUCACGUACGAUAUAAGCGUAACAGAAAGUUUCAAUGAUCAUCGUCCUAACAUUAUUGUUAAUGAUAUAAAAAGUUUCUCACUAAUUAUAAGAAAUAGGAAGAAAGUAAUUGAGAGGAUCAUAAGAAAUCAAACUUUGACAAUUGAAAGAAUAAAACAAACUAUAAAAAAUUCUUUUACCGUGUUAUAUAAAUUCGUAGAUUGCAAUCUUUUGCAAGUGUCCUCAUUUAAAGUAGUUGCCGAUCAAAACACAAGAACAAUUCAUUUUUAUCAAUUGCCCGGUAGCGAAAAAGUGAUUUCUUUCUCGUUUGUUAACGAAACACAUGACCAAGAACAAGGCUGUCACGUUAGUAAUAUUAACAUUUCCAAAGAAAAAGCUAGAUUGUUGUUAGAAAGUAAAAAAAUUAACUUGAAUAGAUUCAGGUCUUCAAAAAGAGCAAAUUAUAUUUUAACAACGGAAUUUGAAGCCACUCACAUCGCCAUAAUCGAAAAUGUAGCCAAAUUGAUCGUGGUUCAUAACAGAUGCGUCCUUUUUUCAAAAAAUAAUGCGAAAGAUUUUAAAGACUGUAAAAAUGUAACAAGCGUAGAAUUGUUUUCUACGAACUGGAAUCUCUUCGUAGUCAUCGGCAGGGUCUGUACUCAAUCCUUUUGUCCUUAUGGACUCAGUGCAAUUUAUGAUAAAUAUUUUAGAAAAAUGCAAAUCCUUCCCGGACGCAAAAUAGAAAACUUAUUAUACUUUACUAGAAGUAUUUAUCAUUAUUUAUUGUUUUCUGAUGAAAACUUCAAAAACGAAUCGUUAGAAGUGUCUUCUGUAAAGAUUUAUAGAAAUAGAAGAAAUGUACUUCCAUUUGUUCUAUACCAAAAUAUUCCAUUCGAGAACGCAAAACAUGUCAAACUGUUUGAAUAUGGCAUUCAGCGCGAGCUUUAUCUCAUAAUAGCAAAUUCUAGUUUCAUCAAUAUCUAUAGAUUUGAAGGAGAAAGCGGUUUUACUAAAGAAUUUCCUAUUUGGAUUAGUGACGUGCAAGAUUUAGACAUCUUAUUCAUGGACAAUCAACUAUACAUAAUUGUUGCCGGAAAGAAAAACUCGAUUUUAUUAAAAGCUAUCUCGAAAGGUUCUCGUGGAAAGAAUUUGCCUUUGGAGUGUCAAUGUUACUCAAAAAAUAACUGUUAACUUGUUCUAUUACGCGUUUCAAAAAAUUAACUGUUAGUUCUUUGAAGAAUUUGUUGACAAAUUUAACUGUUUAAAAUAGUUUACUCUUUCAAAUAAACAAAUA